AUGAAGCUCUUCAAGGCGCAAGACUUUGUCUGCAAGGCGCAGUGGAUCUGCGACGCCCACAUUGUCGCCGGCGACCUCCGCGUGACGGACAGAGAGCUCUUGUUUGUCGCGACCGCUAUUGUGGACGAGCAUGGCGGCGCCGAGAUGCUGGGCGCCGAGAGCAGUCGUCUCGGGCGCAAGGUGCACCGCCUCUUGCUUGACGACAUCAAGCACGUGUACGGCCGGCGCUACCUUCUCCAAGUCACGGCGCUUGAAAUUUUCGUGCUCUCGAGCCGGAAGAACUAUCUGUUUCAUGUGUGCCCUCCGACGUCGGUCCACGACCUUCAUCGCGCCAUGAUGACCAAGCGACCGGCGCAGCUCUUUCGCGACCCAGAGUGGCGACGGCUCCGCCACCCGUCGCACAUGUUCAAGACGUCGGCGCAGACCAGUGCGUGGGUCAACCACGAGAUUUCGACGUUCGAGUACCUCAUGUGGCUCAACACGCUCGCGGGACGGACGUACAAUGACGUGACGCAGUACCCCGUGUUUCCGUGGGUCCUCGCCGACUAUACGUCGCGCACGCUCGACUUGAGCCGGCGGGAGACGUUUCGCGAUCUCUCGAAACCUCUUGGCGCGCUCAACCCGAGCCGCCUCAGCUUUUACCUCGAGCGCUACAACGCCUUUGACGACCCGGACAUUCCCAAGUUUAUGUAUGGGUCGCACUACUCGCACGUUGGCGCUGUGCUCUACUACCUCUUGCGCCUCGAGCCGUUCACAACGCUGGCCAAACGCGUACAAGGCGGGCGUCUCGAUCACGCCGACCGGCUCUUCCACUCGAUUGCCGAGACGUGGGCCAACUGCCUCAGCGACACGUCGGACCUCAAGGAGCUCACGCCCGAGUGGUUUUACCAGCCCGCGUUUCUACGCAACGCGAAUGGCGUCGACCUCGGGACGUGCCAGAACGGGACCGUGCUCGGCGACGUCGUCUUGCCGCCAUAUGCGUCGUCGGCCGACGAUUUCGUCUUUCAACACAUGCUGGCACUCGAGAGCGAGUACGUCUCGGCGCAUCUGCACGAGUGGAUCGACUUGGUGUUUGGUGCCAAGCAGCGGGGCCCGCAGCGGUCGCAGCACACAAUCGUCGACAUUGACUCGAUCGACGACCCGGUCUUGCAGGCGUCGAUGCGCGCGCAAAUCGCGCACUUUGGCCAGACGCCGACGCAGCUGCUCAAGGAGCCGCACCCGCGCCGCAACCUCGUCCCGGAUGCGUCCCUCGCCGUCGUCUCGCCCGUGCUCUUGCCCCAUAUGGCCCCGAUUACCGUGCUGGAAGCUCUCCAGUCGACGCUCUUUUGUCUUGACGCGGCUGGGUUUGCGUCCGUCCAGCAGCUUCGGUCGCCGUUCCAAGGUCCGGCACAGCCAACGUCGGCAUCGCCCGCGCGCACCUUGUCGCCACUUUCCCUCAGCCGCACCAACAGCUCGGCUUGUGACGCCAGCGUCGUCGAGGUCCUGGAACGCAAGCCGCGGCGGCUCUUGGCGGCCGACGCGUGGCUGUCACCUAUCUGGACGGCGGUCUUGGAGGCUGGCAACUUCGUUGUCUCGGGCGGCCACCUCGAUGGGUCGGUGCGCGUGUACACGGCCAACGACGGCAGCUUCCACAGUGCGAUUCUCCACCACGCCGAGCGCGUCACGUGCAUAGCACGGGCGCCGCGUCGCUACCUCGUGUGUGGCAGCGCCGACGGCACGCUGAGUGUCUGGACGCUGGCGUCGGCGAGUGCGUCUCCCUCGGUGCUGCUCGACUUUUCGCUGAGUAUGUUUCGGUCGACGACCAAGCGCGCCGUGGUCGAGCCCGACUGGAGUCCGUCGGCCGUCUUGUUGGGCCACCGGACACCGAUCGUUGCCGUCGUCGUCUGCGACGAUUUGGACGUUGCCGUGAGCUGCAGUGACAUUUGCCUCGUGCAUCGAUUGAGCUCUGGUACGGUGGUGCGGCAACUGCCACUGCCAGCAUGCAUGACACGCGUGCGCACCGUCGGCAUCUCGCGCCUCGGGAUCGUUGUCGUUGCCGGUAGCAGCAACGACGACGCCCACCACUGCUUGAGUACGUUUGGCGCCGACGGCACCAUGCUCGCGCAGGUGACGCCGGCGUAUGCGACGACGCGGCUGGUCCUCCUCGAGCGCACGGGGCAUGUCAUUGUGAGCGGCCCUCUUGGUGCGUCCGUCUUGGCGGUGCACACGCUGGCCGUCGUCCAAGCUCUCACGACUGUCGGCGUUGCCAGCGUCGCCGUCUCGGUCGACGAAAAGUACGUUGUGCUGGGCCUUGAUGUCAUGCCGGUGCAGCUCCUCACGGCCAACCUCGUGCUCGCUUGA